AGCUUGGGUUCCGCGGAGUACGCGAUGUGUAGGCAGUUGCAAAGGUACGCGCGUGUCCUGUAGGGGUCGCGUCGGCGUCUCGUCGUUUUCCCCAAAUUUUCACGAAAAUAAUCUAAAUUCUAAACGUUUUUAAUUAAAAAACUAAGUGAUUAUAAAAACUAGAGUGGUUUUUGAACCGAUUCGAUCCGGUUUAUUGAUUCGGUGAGUUCGAUUUUAUUCGGUGGCGUCAGUUUACUAUAGCAGUUCUCCAUCGUACACACGCCGUGUCGUGCGGGUUGCAUAAUGAGUACCAGAUUGAUAAUGCCUGUUCCUCCGAACGAAACGUUAAGGACGCGCCCGAUGCCCUUCCAACCGAUGAACGUCCGAAAAGCACGCAGAAUGCUUUUCGGAAAACCCGCCAAGGACGAAGCCCUAAGAUUCGUCGCAAGGGAACUAAAAGAACUACAAAAAGCGCAAAGCAAAAAAUACAAUUUCGACUUCGAUAAGGGGAUACCACUUUCCGGACCAAACACCAAUUACGAAUACGUGAGUUGCGAACUUGUACACGCUCCCGUUAAAAAGAGGCCCGUUGAUGUUAGCGAAGAAGAAAUCGCCGAAGCUGAUAUGGCCUACUUUAAACCUGAAGAGCUCAUCUCAAAUUGCCUAAGGGAAGAUUGCAAUUCCGAAAAGGAAAAUAGUAAAGAAAACGAAGCUACGAAGGAAAAGAAGCAGAUGUGUAUCACAGAUUUCAUGCCACAACGUAAAAGAAAUGGAUUGGUAGCAGAUAAAUCAUCUGACGUGGCACUGGUGCCAAAAAAGACGAUGAAAUUGGAAUUAAAAAGUUAAAAGGCCUCAAAGAGAACUGCAGAACCUCACCACUUGACGAUCUCUAGAUGAAAAUUUAAAGUACAACUUGUUGAAGAAAAAAGAAAAUUUUAUUAUUGCUAAUUUAAUUAUUUUCUAGUUAUUUUUAUUUUUUGAGUUUAUCGUCGAGCGUAUUUAUUUCUCCCCCCUCCCCCUUUCCCCCCUUAAUGGUUAGUCUCUUUCACUUGAUCUCCAAAUUCUUCCCUCCCUAAAAUGAAAAAAAAAUAAAUAAAAUGAUAAUACCUCUCCAGAGGCAAAAUUGUAGGAGGUUUUUCUGUUUUCCCUCCGCUGUUGUAUCUGUGAUGUCUCAAAAGAAAAAAAUUAAAUUAAAAAACAUUAAAAAUAUUAAUUUUGCUUUUACAACGAUUUUAUUUAAAAAGUAAAAUCGUUUUUGUAUAAGUGGGAAGUAGGUUACAAAUUUAAAUACGAUUAUUAAUUUUAUUAAUUCACUGAAGUGCAACGUCCAGAGUCGUUUAGUUAUCAUUGUAUCCAAAGAAGUAUUGAUUUUUUUAAUUAAUAUACGGGCAAAAAUAGAAAGGAAUUUUCGCUUCAGUGGAUGGCAACAUUUUGUUUUCUUUAAUAAAAUUAGAGAAAAAGAACUUUGAGAUUGCGGUUCGUAUAAUUUAAUUAACAGAAUUAUGGAAUAAGACGAAGAGGAGGAACUAUUAAUAUGGAAAUGUGAUGUAUGGCUGAUCUCAGAUUAUUACAAAGUUUUAGUUGUAUUAUUAAUAUAAUAAUAAUUUCUCAAAAAAAUAAAUAAAGAAAAACACGCUGAUUUGUAAAUUUUGUAUAUUAAUACAUUAUAUAUAGUAUAUAUAGUUCUAAAAAUGUAAGUUGAUCACGUAUUCACAACAUUUGUAAUACUAAAAAAAUAUAUUUUCAGUUUGCUAAUUUAA